UGCCAAGCUGGAGGUAACUUGGGUGAGCAUCUGACAGAACGUGGUGACUCUUCAACAAGCACUCCUUGCUUUAUCGUCUGGAAAGAGUAAGCAACAGGGAAUCGUAUUUUGCCUUCCGUUUAAGCAGUUUCCCUCCGCCUCUCUAGUACAGCAUCUGCUGCAAGGCACGGAAGUGCAAGAGAGUUAUACAGUAGCUGAGUUAACCGUCGCUGAUGGGCUGCUUUUCCUUCAGCCUAAAAGUGGCCCUGUCACUGUUUACAUUUACGCAUGCUUAGCACGUGAUGACUGCUUCCGCCAUCCCCAGUUACGACCCGACACGCACUAAGAAUGACACUCCGACGCCUUGCGCCUUUGACGGGCUUGGCACUUAUGUGAUAAGCGGGGAAGGCGACGGCUGGGGAUACGUAGGCGAAUCCCCGUGACUGACACCGCGCAUGCUUCUUGGGCGGGGGGAGUGGAAGCCUUGGGCGUCGCUAGGGCAGGCACCGUCCCUUCCCUUUGUUGCCUCCCUUGGAUUGGGCAGCGGCGAGAUCACGUGGGGACGCUCCGCGACCCGUCCUUCCGUAGCGCGCGCGCGCACGACGGCCGAGUAGUCUUCACCUGGAUUUCAGCAGUAUUCAACUUGCAGUUUCUUUGAAUAAAACGAUUAUGCAGCGAAGACACAAGGGAUUAAAUACUGGACUACUUUUACUCCUUUCUCAAAUCUAUCAAGUUGGACUUAACAAUAUUCCACCUGUCACCCUUGCAGCUUUGGCAGUGAACAUAUUUCUCUUUUUACAACCCCAGAAAUCACUGGAAAAAACAUGCAUCAGUGUCACCGAGUGUAUUUAUGAGAGAGAUUGGCAUCGUUUAUAUCUUUCAGCAUUUCACCAUGCAGAUGACUGGCAUCUAUAUUUUAACAUGGUCUCCCUGCUUUGGAAGGGAAUUAAGUUGGAGAAGAGGCUUGGAAGUGCUUGGUUUGGAUACAUAAUUGUGUUGUUUUCGCUGCUGGUUGGGGUUGUGUACAUGUUUCUGGAAUUUGCACUUGCAGAGUUGCUGAAUGAUCCUUCAUAUAUGCGGAGCUGUGCUGUUGGUUUUUCAGGAGUCCUAUUUGCUUUGAAAGUUCUUAACAACUAUUAUCACCCAGGUGGAUACAGCAACGUCAUGGGAAUUAUGGUGUCCAGUAAAUAUGCUUGCUGGCUGGAACUUAUAGCAAUUCAUUUAUUAAGCCCAGGGAGUUCCUUUGCAGGGCAUCUGGCAGGUAUUCUUGUUGGAUUGAUGUACACCAUGGGACCUUUGAAGAUGAUCGUGAAAGCUUGUGCAGGUGUCCUUAUCCCCUUGACUGGCUUUUCACAGCAAAGAAACAGCUACAAUCCACAGUAUUCUGGAUAUUCUGGUUACACAUCAUACCCAUCAAGGGACUAUAACACAUAUACUGGUGGACUAAGUGAAGAGGAACAGUUUGAAAGGGCAGUAAGAAACAGUCUGAAUGAGAGAGGUGGUAACACAAGACAUUACAGUAAUGAGAGAAGACCCUAUGGCUUCUGGCUUCCACCAGAAGAACCAUCAGCUGAGGAGCUUAGAAGACACAGACUUAAUCGAUUUGAUAGAUGGAUGACAGAAGAAGAAAGGAUUGCAAAAUGUAUUCAGCACGUAUUUAACAUCAUAUCUGAACAUCACUGUUUGCCCCCUGGACCACGGUUUGACUACAGUUUGCCAUUCUUGUGCUCCAAAUAGUCCUAGAUGCAGGGAUCCAGAGUGUCCACAUAAAAAUGUAUGGAAUUAGUACUUAAGUUCCUUUGCCAUAACACCUAACUGGGCAUUCUCCCAGAUACCCUUCAUUCAAAGUCCAUUUUUAGAGUUCUCUGUAAAAUUUCUUUUGAGGGAUCUGUAAUUUGACCCUUGCAACACAGAAGACACACUAGUUUACAAAAACAUUGGUCAUCGAUUGAGAAUGAAACUCUCAGUCUGUCUGGAGGGAAGAAAUGCAACACAGUCAAAAACAAAGAAUGUUUUUGUGGUAGACUUCGGCUGACAAAAAUUGGAGAUGCUAUGGCUCUUGGCAAGAGGUGAUGCCUUUUCUUUGCUGUCUUCAUCUCCCUGAGCUCUAGGGAUGGAAAACACUUCGUAGCCAGAGUGGGUGCAUUGUGAGAGGUUGCAGAGCAGAUAAAAUAAAAGAUCAAUCAGUAAAAUACUGUAUUAUCCCAUAGGAAACAAACAUUUCCUGUGGAUGACUCUCGUUUCUGUGUAAAAUGGUAUUUUUAAAAUAUGCCAUGAAAUAUUGUUCAUUUAAAGUGGAGGAUAGUAUUUCAGUGACAGCCCAAGCAGUCACUGUGGAUGUUACCAUGGUAACAGCACAUUUGUCAUGACAGCACAGCAAAUUGGCAUAUAAAGCCAGAAUAAAUUGUCAAAGCAUGAGUAGCUAGGAAUACGCAAACAUCCAUGCUCACUUUAUUUUGCAUGAGAACUAAAUAUCUCGUGUCGUUUUUACGCUACUUGUUCUGCCUCAGGCCGCUUUUAUAGGCUUUUAUCUAACGUAACUUCUAUAUAAUGAUUUUUCAUUAACACAACUUUAAGGGUCUUAUAAAAUGUUAAGGGUCAUACUAUGGAUGGAGUUCUAUUUUUAGAUGAGCAUACUCAUAAUGUGGAUCAUGUGGUUUAUGUUGCUAUUCUCCCAGAAAUGAUUCUACACUAUUUAGUGAUCUAUUUUACAUUGUGUGUGCAUGUCUCUGGGUAUUUUAAACAAAUACUAGAGUCCAUAUUUUCCACUUAACUAUUCAUCUACUCGCAUUUGCAUGUUGUACUGCUAGGU